GAACAAACCUCACCAUCCUCACAAUCCAACGGGAAAGGCGUCUUCAUAAACGCCACCCCAAACCUCUCACAUUUUUUUUCCUUCCUAUUUUCCAAUCCAUUUUUUUUAGGGUUUCGUUUUCUUCGCCGAGAAAAUGAGAGAGUGCAUUUCAAUCCACAUCGGUCAGGCCGGUAUCCAGGUCGGAAACGCUUGCUGGGAACUCUAUUGCCUCGAGCAUGGCAUCCAGCCCGAUGGACAGAUGCCAAGUGAUAAGACCGUUGGCGGAGGAGACGACGCCUUCAACACGUUCUUCAGCGAGACCGGCGCUGGGAAACACGUGCCGCGCGCAGUCUUCGUGGAUCUUGAGCCCACGGUCAUCGACGAGGUUCGAACCGGGCCCUACCGCCAGCUCUUCCACCCCGAACAACUCAUUAGCGGCAAGGAAGAUGCCGCCAACAACUUCGCGCGUGGCCACUAUACCAUCGGAAAGGAGAUUGUCGAUCUCUGCCUCGACAGGAUCCGUAAGCUCGCCGAUAACUGCACCGGUCUCCAGGGCUUCCUCGUCUUCAACGCCGUCGGUGGCGGCACCGGUUCCGGCUUAGGAUCGCUUCUCUUGGAGCGUCUAUCCGUUGACUACGGGAAAAAGUCGAAGCUCGGUUUCACCGUUUAUCCAUCUCCUCAGGUUUCGACCUCCGUGGUGGAGCCAUAUAACAGUGUUCUCUCAACUCAUUCUCUUCUUGAACACACCGAUGUCGCCGUGCUUCUCGACAACGAAGCGAUCUACGACAUUUGCAGGAGAUCUCUCGACAUCGAGCGUCCUACCUACACCAAUCUCAACCGUCUCGUUUCUCAGGUGAUUUCAUCCCUUACGGCCUCUUUGAGGUUUGAUGGAGCAUUGAAUGUUGAUGUGACUGAGUUCCAAACCAACUUGGUUCCUUACCCGAGGAUCCAUUUCAUGCUUUCAUCAUAUGCUCCUGUUAUCUCUGCUGAGAAAGCAUACCAUGAGCAACUCUCCGUUGCUGAGAUUACAAACAGUGCUUUUGAACCAUCCUCCAUGAUGGCCAAGUGUGACCCUCGCCAUGGCAAGUACAUGGCGUGCUGUUUGAUGUACCGUGGUGAUGUUGUGCCCAAGGAUGUGAAUGCUGCAGUGGCAACCAUCAAGACCAAGAGAACCAUCCAGUUUGUGGAUUGGUGCCCCACUGGGUUCAAGUGUGGUAUCAAUUACCAGCCUCCCACUGUUGUUCCCGGAGGUGACCUUGCGAAGGUGCAGAGGGCUGUGUGCAUGAUUUCUAACUCAACCAGUGUGGCUGAAGUGUUCUCAAGGAUUGAUCACAAGUUCGAUCUGAUGUAUGCAAAGAGGGCCUUCGUGCACUGGUAUGUGGGUGAAGGUAUGGAAGAGGGUGAGUUCUCAGAGGCUCGUGAGGACCUUGCUGCUCUUGAGAAAGAUUACGAGGAGGUUGGCGCCGAGUCUGGCGAUGGAGAAGAUGGUGACGGAGACGAGGAGUAUUAGAAUCUGGAAUAUCUGUCUGAUAUCGUGUGUUUGAUGUGAACUUUUUCGUUUUCUCUGGGAUCAAAUUCUGUUUGUGAUUUUUGAAUGUUUGGUUGUUAUCGAAUAUCAAUAUAUGUGUUGUGUGUAGCACAGAAAUUUCUCUA